AUGGAGCUGAUACGUCUGCUGCGUUCGCACCCCGUGGCUGCCCUGGCCCUACUGGGGUCAGGAUAUCUACUGGGCGUGAUUCUUUACCGACUGUAUCUAUCCCCCAUUGCACGCUUUCCCGGUCCCAAGCUGGCUGCAUUGACCCAUCUGUACGAGUUCUACUGGGACACUAUCUGCUGUGGCCAGUUCACGUUUCAGAUCGGUCGACUGCACGAGAAAUACGGCCCCAUCAUCCGCAUCAGUCCCACCGAGCUGCACGUCAACGACCCGACCUACUACGAAGUCAUCUACUCGCGCGACAGCCCCCGCGACAAGUACGGCUACUACCAGCGGACCCUCAACGCCCCGCUGGCCAUCCUCAACGCCAUCGACCACUACCGGCACCGGCAGCUGCGCGCCCACCUCAACCCGUUCUUCUCGACGCUCCGGAUCCGCAAGCAGGAGGUCGCCAUCAAGGCGCUCGUCGACAAGCUCUGCCGUCGGCUGGGGGAGUUUCAGAACUCGGACACCCCCGUCAACAUCGAGUACCCGCUCACCUGCUACACCACCGAUGUCAUCACCGACUACACCAUGGGUGACGGGUACCACUACCUCGACGAGCCGGACUUCAUCCCGCAGUGGCACGGGACGCUGAACGGCACGGCCAAGACGAUGGUGUUCAUCCGGCCGGUUGCUUGGGCGCUGCCGUUUCUGCUUGCGCUGCCGGAGUCGGUUACUGCGUGGCUGAACCCGGGCAUGGAGCUGUUCUUUGAUUUCCAGCGCCGCUGCCGCAGGAUGAUUAGCGCCAUUGCCACGGCGCAUCGCGAAAGUGGUGGGAAGAUGGCGCAGGAUGGUGGCCGGUUGACCAUCUUUGAUGAUAUUCUGAACAGUGAUCUGCCGGCCAGGGAUAAGAGUGAGGCGCGGCUGGCGCAGGAGAUGCAGGUGCUGGUCUCUGCGGGGGCAGAAACAACGGCCAAAGCGAUCACUUAUAUCCUUUUUUACCUGCUGAAUGAUCCGCCGACCAUGCAGAAGCUCAAGCAGGAGCUGGCCACGCUAGGACCCGAUCCGUCUCUCGUUCAGCUAGAGCAGCUGUCGUAUCUGACCGGUGUGAUGCUGGAGGGGAUCCGACUGUCCUACGGCGUCACUGCGCGUUUGCCUCGGAUCGCUCCCUACAACGCUCUCCAGUUUGGGGACUGGACGAUUCCUCCGGGAACUCCCGUCAGCAUGAGCUGCCUUCUGAUGCACCACGAUGAAUCCAUCUUUCCGCAGUCCCACCUCUUCAAGCCCGAGCGCUGGACGGACCCCGCGGAGCGCAAGCGUCUGGAGAAGUACAUGGUGGCGUUCUCCAAGGGGUCGAGACAGUGUAUUGGCAUCCAUCUCGCCAAAGCCGAGAUCCUCCUCGCGGUGUCGACUCUCCUGCGGCGAAUGGACUUGGAGUUAUAUGAGACCACCGUCGAGGAUGUCCAGGUCAAGCACGACAUCUUUAUUCCCUUUGCCAGGAUGGACAGCAAGGGUGUUCGGGUUCUGAUCAAGGGUUGA